GAACUUUAUGGUCCAGCGCUCACUCAACUGUUUUUGUUGUUAAUACAUUUAUUUCUAAGAUGGCAACUCUUGUCGAUGCGAUACAGAGGAAACAGGAAAAGUUAACAGAAAGCCACAUUUUAGUUGGCCACAUUCAAAAGACAUGUAAUCGUGACGGAUCGAAUAUUUUAUUUCCUACUCGGACAUUAACAAUGGACUCUCAAGAUAUAAAGAGCAUUGGUUGCAAGGAUGAAUUGCUAAAAGCAGCUGAACAUGUUAGGGAGUUAGAUCUGGCUUGUAAUCGGUUGUCUUCAUUUGAAGAGGUAUUUAAAAUUCUAUGUUGGCUUGAAAAACUUGAAUCAUUAAAUUUAAGUCAAAAUCCACUAGGUUAUCAUAUCUCUGAUAACCAGUCUUCCAAUUCAUCUUUUGAUGAAGAUACUAUUGGUUUAUUAUCUACUGAAGGAGAAGAAAAUAUUCAACCUAUGAAUAGCUCUGAAUUAUCUAUGCAGGAUCAAAAUUAUUUUUAUUUUAACAAACUGUCGUCAUCGUCCAAGUCGAAUAAAAUACUUCAAUCUAAACAUAAUGAGAUUGAUUUUUCACCAAUUUUCCACAAUGAAUCUAUUAAUGAUUCAAUAGAAAAAAUUAAGUCGACUAAUCAUCCAAAUGAUGAUAGUGUUUCUAGUAAUGGUUAUCUCAAACAAACAGGAGAAAAUGAACCAUCUAACUUGAAAACAUUACCAAAGCAUCCUUCAGCUCCAUCUGAACUGGCUUUAAAUUCCGGUAUUAUAUCUCCUACCACAGUGUUUCCUUGUUUAAGUGUACUAGCAUUGAAUUCGACGUAUGUACCAUGGGAUUGGGUGAUUGAUCUGCUUUAUCGACUACCAAACCUAACCGAUUUACACGUUGCACGUAAUAACUAUGGAGCAGAAGAGCAGACUGAAGUAUCUUCUGAUCAUAAUGAUGAUAAUGAUGCCACACCAUUACCUGUAUUUCCCCAUUUACACAGUUUAUAUUAUAGCGAUAAUGGCAUAUCGAAUUGGUGGACAAUAUGUCGUUUGUGUAAACAUUUCCCUGGAUUAGAACAAUUGAUUUUAUUAGGUAAUCCUAUUGAACAUAUACCAUUUCCACAAGAGAAUUUACAUAUAUCUCAGCAUACUACUACUACUAAUAAUAAUAAUACUGAUAACAAUACAUCACGAAAUAAUUGUUAUCAGCAUCAAUGCUUAUUUCAAAAUGUACAUACAUUAGGUUUAUCAGAAACACUAAUCAAUCAAUGGGAAAGUAUUGAUGCUCUGAAUGAAUGGAUGCCUAGUUUAACCAAUUUACGAUUAGGCAAUACUUUACCUGUAUUUCAGUCUUGGGUAGAACCUGAUUGUCGAGCUCAUGUAAUUGCCAGAUUACCAAAACUUACUACUUACAAUCGAAGUGUCAUUGAUUCAGAGGAACGUGAAAGUGCUGAAAGAGAAUUUGUUCGAUAUUAUGGUCAAAUUGAUCCAGAUAAACGUCCAAAUCGUUAUUGGGCUCUAGAGCGUCGACAUGGUCGACUUCAACCAUUAGCUAAUAUUGAUCUAUCUCCAAAACAGCAUAUUCGUGUACGUGUCACAAUGUCAGGGAAAGAAGUUUGGUAUAAUAUAAAUGUCAAUUUAAAAGUAUCACAAGCUAAACGUCAUUUCUGUAAUUUAUUCAAUAUUACUAAUCAACAUGAAAUUAAACAUUUUAAAUUAUUUUAUUUUGAUCAAGUUAUGUCACAAAUUCAAGGUCCAGAAGAAUUAAAAUAUCCAAAUCGUAAUUUAUAUUCAUAUCAAGUAGAAACAGGUGAUCUAUUCGAAUUAGUACGAUAUCCGGAUUAUUGAUAAUAGAAAGAAAAAAUAGAACAUUUUAAAAGUACAAAAUGAUAUAAAUGUUUGCGUGUGUGUGUAUGUAUGUAUGUAUUUAUGUAAUUUUGUUAAUUCUCUCGUUUUUUGUGCAACACGACUGUUUGUACAAUAGUCGUUGAUUUGUUUAUUUUGAUUGUCAUCCAUUUCACUCCCUCUCUUUCUCUCUCUCUUACUCGUCAGUUUUCCUCUUUCCCCCACUUAUCAUAUUCACUCCCCAUUCAUAACAUUAUAAUAAUAGUGUAUAUUCAUCCGUUCAUUUAUUCAUUUGAUCUUAUUGAUUGUGAAAUAAUGGCUUAUUUGUUAAGGUAUUCCACGUUCAAUCAUUGUAUCAUCAUUCAGAUUCAUGUUCAUCCUUAUUCAUUUCCAUUAAAUCAGCUGAAUAAUAGUAUCAUUGUUAUCAUCAUUUUAAAUCUAUUUACCUAUGAAUAGGUUAUCAGUUAAAGUCCUGAGUAUUUGGUUCAGUGAGUUACAUUGUCUGUUUAUGUCUAUUUGUGGAUGUUUUUGUAAAUAUGUACUACAUUAUAAUUGUUUUCUUAUUACCUCUUAUUUAUUCUAAUGCCCAUUCAGCAUUCAUUCAUACAAGAUGUGAUAGACUUCAAGUUUUUUUCUUUAAUUAUCUGAAAAAUAGCAAACCUUUCAACAUAUUUUGUUUAACUGUAUUGUAUUUAUUGAUUAAUUAGUAUUUUUUACAAAUCAAUCAUGAUCAUUUUCGAUCAUUUUGCUUUUAACGAACAGUGUUAUACAUACAUACUCAGUGUAUGUGUGUGUGUGUGCUCUUCUGGCAGUUUUGUGAUUUUUAUUUUCCUGUUUUCUUGUUUGUUUUUGAGUUUAUCUUUCAUUUUUCGUGUUAUUUAUUUGUUUGUUUAUUUCCAUACAUCUUAAUUCCUUAAUAAAUAUAAAUAAAACGCUAAGAACAAGACAUAUAAAAUAAAAUGAAUUCAUCAUUAUAUUUCAAGUGUUCUUUCUUAUCAGCUACGAACAACCUAAAUUCGCGUUGGUAAUAUCAUUUUAAAGAGUUUCAUAUACCGUAAUCUAUGAAGUUUAGUUUGAGGUGAUAUAAAUAACAAGAAAAGGAAACAACAUGCUUAACAUAAUCGUUAAGUUUUCAGUAUGUGGUUGUGGAGAUUGUU